AUCAAGAAACAAAAAUCUCCAAACUUUUUCCCUCCUAAUCUCCCUCUCCCCCAAACCAGUUUCCAAAUCGCUGCGCGAAUCGAACCCGAGGCCCGCCGCUUCCCCCCCAAACCUUCGAAUCCAAAAACCAAUGGCGGCCACCUCUCCCUCCAUUUCCAUUUCCAAUCCCCCCAUUCGCUACAUAACCUCCUCCGCCCGCCCCUGCCAUCAUCCUCCUCCUCCGCCUUCACCGUCUCCGGCCCCUCCUCUCCUCUGUCGCCGCCGCCCGCCUCCCUCUGCCUUCCCCGCCGGAGCCGGAGGAGGAGCAGCCGCCCGCCCCGCCGUCACCCAUGGCCGACAAGGAGAACUCCGCCUCCGCCUCUUCCUCCACCGCCGCGCCCCGCCUCACCCGCGCCGCCGCCAAGCGCGCCGCCGCCGUCACCGCCGUCGCCGUAGCCGCCAAGCGCAAGCGCGUCGCGCUCAGCGAGAUCCCCACGCUCCCCAACGGCGCCGACGGCCACCACGCCAACCCCAAGAAACCCCGGAAGGCGCCCUCCCAGCCCAAGAAGGCCGCGCGGCUCCCCGCGCCCAAGCCGGCGCGCGAGGCGGCCGACGAGAACGGGGACCCGCAGCUCUGCGCGCCCUACGCGUCCGACAUCUACUCAUACCUCCGAUCCAUGGAGGUCCAGAAGAAGCGCCGGCCGGCGGCGGACUACAUCGAGAGGGUGCAGGUGGACAUCACGCCCAACAUGCGCGGCAUCCUCGUCGACUGGCUCGUCGAGGUCGCCGAGGAGUACAAGCUCGUAUCCGACACGCUCUACCUCACCGUCUCCUACAUCGACCGCUUCCUCUCGGCAAACUCCCUCAACAGGCAGAAGCUGCAGCUGCUUGGCGUCUCAGCCAUGCUCAUUGCCUCCAAGUACGAGGAGAUCAGCCCCCCGAAUGUGGAGGACUUCUGCUACAUCACCGACAACACCUACAUGAAGCAGGAGCUUAUUAAGAUGGAGAGUGAUAUCCUAAACAUUCUCAAGUUUGAGAUGGGCAAUCCUACCGCCAAGGCCUUCCUAAGGUUGUUCAUCAGAUCUGGCCAAGAAGACAACAAGUAUCCUGCCCUGUCCCUGGAGUUCAUGGGCAGCUAUCUUUCCGAGCUGAGCCUGCUGGAGUACGGAUGCGUCCGGUUCUUGCCAUCAGUUGUUGCAGCUUCAGCAGUGUUCGUCGCACGGCUGACCCUAGAUCCAGACUCCAACCCAUGGAGCAAGAAGUUGCAAGCGGUGACCGGGUACAGGCCAUUUGAGCUGAAGGACUGCAUUACUGCCAUCCAUGACUUGCAGCUCAGCAGGAAAGGACAAUCAUGGAAUGCUAUUCGGGACAAAUAUAAGCAGCACAGGUUCAAGGGUGUAUCUGCGUUGCUACCUCCUGUUUACAUCCCUGCAUCAUACUUCCAAGACCUCAAGUAGUUCCUCGGUGACACUGCAUGAAGAUCGAAACUCAACUGUGAUACAUGAUGACUCAAGUUCAGAAGUGGCUUUUGCCAGUCUGGUUAGGCUAGUCAUAGGUCCUUUAGAUGCUGGUAAUGUCAAACCUCAGCUAGGCACACUUAGAGUUGAUUUAUUAUACUAGCUCUGUAGGAGGCGUCGAGGCAGCUGGAGACCUGUAUCUGUGUAUCAUACUCAUACAUUACAAUCUGAAGCCUUUAUUUAUUGGUUCAUAAUUGCAA